AAAGACGGUCUCUCCUGCAACACGAGCACACACAUUGCUAGCUGUGGAUUCUCCAUCUUAUUCCAAACAUCUGUGGGCCAUUUUGCCGGAGAGCGAGCCAAACCCGCCUCAGGGAGCAGGAGAAUGGAGAACAACAUGUGAGCGGUCCGUGAGCCACUGUCGACAGCAUGCUUCGCCUCCUCCGGACCUUGGCUUUCUGCUUCUGGUGUUUUCUGCUACUUCACAGGCCGGCUGUGGCUGACGAAGAGGCCCUCUGGGGACCGUUAUCAUCAGGGGAAGAAAGCCUUUCUGAGGCCUCUGAACCAACUACCACUUUGAGUCGGGGGCUCCUAACCAGCGUGACAAAGAUAGGAACAGACUCACUUCCCACGGGGACAUCAGAUUCUCCACACAGCAGCAUAGCGCAGAGCGACAAUGAAGCUCCUGUCUUAGACUCCUACUCCCCCACAAGCAGCUCUAUCAGAAACACUCUGGUCACCAACAGUCCCAACAGCACUAACAGUCCUGAACAAAAUGCAACACAUACCCACCCACCAAGGGGCACCACACCAGCCACAACGCAACAGCUCCCAGAGGAACAAAAAGAUAAGGAGGCUGAAGAUUAUACAGAAAAGACCUUUUUGACAAUAGCGCCAGAAACCACAGUUCCCACUGCCUUGACAUGGGAAACAGCCCAAACCACAACAACAACCCCAGGACUGGUGGACACCACUCUGACCAGCAGACACCCUCUGGGGCCUGUUACCCCUUCUACGUCCUCAGAAACCACGUUUGUCAGAAAACCACAAGACUCGACUUUUGGUAUUACGCUCCAUGCUGGAGAGGCAACAAUGACGGAACCUCACCCCACUCAGAGCGAGGCUGAUCUGGGCAUCUCUGAGGCCAGGUCAGGGCCCGUGGAGGAACAGCGGGUAAUCACCACAGCCAUGGGGAUCGAUCACAAACUAGUGCCGGAAUUCAUAACAAGCACAGCUCAGAGCCAAAGGGUUAACUUUCAAAUAGCAGGAGAACUGCCAGUCAAAGAGGAUAAGGAGGAUGAGGAAGGUGUGGUUUCUUCAGCAGACGGGGAGAGUGACACCAGGUUGGCAGACAUUUCCACGGCAUCCACUACGCUGCUAACAACGUCCCCGCCACAGAGCACAGAAACUCCCUAUAUCCCUCUGCAGACUGAAGACUGGAUGUCCAACCAGGCGUACAGCGACGCCACCUUGCUUCCAGACUGCAAUCAAGAGCGCACCGGGAUCUGCAGCUUCUCCGACGCCUGGGACUCACCAACCUCCUCGGAAGUCAAGCCCACACAAAACAUCACUGCCACCAACCAAUCGGCCAACCCCUUCCUGAUCCCGGCUCCACCCAUGUUGGUGCCGCUGUACACCGACUGGAACAGUGCCAUGGCCGCUUGGGGCCUGGCCUGGGAGGCGCAUGUUUACGGAGCUGGUUGCAUCUUUGCAAUGCUAACCAUAGCCUCGGCUCUCAAUCUGCUCUGCCUGCCUCUACGAUGCCCGUCCGGCUGUGGCUACUUUGCCCUGGUCAGUCUGUUUCUACUAGCGGCUGGUUGCACCAGGUCUUUCUCCCUCCUGUACGAUGCCUACGGCCACCAGGACCGCUUGCCCUCUACAGAGGCCUCACUGAUACUCUACGAAGCACCGUUUCCCUGCUUGACUGCAGCAUUCGGUGUGGUUUUCCUUCUACUCUCCAUGCGCUCAAGGAUGCAGCUCUCCUACUCAGCUUUCCAGAGACCCUGUUUCCUGGCCUGCCUGGUUGUCGUGCACUUUGGUGCUGCAUUCGGACCAGUGACAUUACUGAAGUUCUACCACGAAAAGCCUCCCCUUUGCCUCUUUCUAUCACUCGUCUCCCGUGGGACCUUUGUAGCACUGGCCACGUUUCUGUCUGCUGCCUAUUUCGUGUUCUACAUCUACGUGCGGGCAGAUUCUAAGCACAUCUACCACCUGAAUAACACGUCUCCAACACCUGCUGAACGUUACAACCGCUGCCCCUUUGCUGAGAGCCGGGACUGGGACCGCGCAGCUGUAACCGUUUGUAUUUCAGCAUUGUUUUGUUUAGCAUGUGCAGGACUGCAGUUGUAUGCAAUGCUCAAUGCUAUGGGUGUUGCAGGUGGAGAGGAGGUCUUCCACCCUUGGCCAUGGUGGGCUUUCCAGUUUAGCUGCAGACUGUGUGAGCUCGGGGUUUGUCUCACCUUGGCCUUGGUGGUAGCACAACCUGUCUACUGCUCUGACCAUCUUCCAUCUGCAGGGAGCUGCUGGACUGAACUUUUGGCGUCCAAGUCGCCCAUCCUGCCCGGGAGCUACCAAUGGACCUUGAGCCAGCAAGAGAAGCUUGCAAUCAUUGAUACCGUUGGGCUUGGAGAGACAGAGAGCCUUCCUCUUUACACUCUGGUGGAUGAGAGGCUUGGUAGCAGUCUGAACGGCCUGGACCUCCUCUACCACAGCAACCGAGCCUUGGCAUACCGAGACCUGGACUUGGAUUUGGACUUACAGGGUUCAGGAAAACCGGAGAAUGGAGGAUGCGGAGAACCCUCAGGUGGAUCCUCGUUUACGAGUGACUCCACCACAGACCUGCGGCCUCCUUCGCCGAUCAACCUGCGUCGCAGCAUAGACGAGGCACUCUUCAGUGAAGCCCUCUUUCCCAUGAGCCUCUUUAGCCCUGCCAGGCCUCUUCGCUGCAGUGAUCUAUCCUUAAACAACCACUGUGCACUUCCAUGCAACAGCCUCUGCGAUCCCCUCUCAGCCGACCCUGGCCUUUAUCGAACCUCUUCCUGCGUGGAGAUGGCAUCGCAACCCGAGCCCUCUUGCGCCCAAUCUCAAGGAGACCCCAUUGUAGGUUCUCCACCAUCUCCCUCCCUGUCGUCAUCCUCCAGCUGCUCGUCUCCUGAACGUUGGAAGGGCAGCUCUUCCUCCUGUUCCCUCUACCGAGAACCUUUCGGAGGCUCCUCACUGGUCCUCUGUCCAAGCUCAGAGAGACAUGCUCAGCAGCAUCUCCAGCAAGGGGGCAUGGGCCAUAUGGCAUCCUCUGGCCUCAACGGCAAUGUCGACCCCCAGAGGCACUAUCAAACACUGGGUGCGGCCUCACAAGAGAGCCUGGACCUGGACAUGUCGUCUGAGGCAGACCGCUCCGUGCAGGAGGAGUUCAUCAGCGUUUGCAGACAAAUCGAUGCUUUGAGCAUCUGCAGCGAGACUAUUGAUUUAUAAACAGGACAGUCUGGUCUAACAAGGGUUACAUAGAGGACUUAUCCAGAAGGAGCCAGAAGGGUAACUGUCAAGUUUUUACAGCCUAUUUGGUAGUGCAUGGUAGCUUUUGAGUGCACCGUAAAAGACCUAUACCUGCCAAAAUAAAGUUUUGGAGGUUUGAUGAGUGGUAAUUAGUGAAUGUCUUUGAGGGUCUAAGUGCCAAGAAUGUCAAAAGCCAAAAGGUAAUUUGUAACUUUUACACGUUUGAUAAAGGCUGGGGAAGUUUGAUACAGUCAAAAGAAUAGUGACAUUUUAUGGAGUGGAAAUAACAAGAAUUUAUUUGUACAAAUGUUUUUAUCGCAUUCCAACAUUCCAAAUAAUAGUACUGUACUGUGACUAAAAUUAAGCACUUAUUAAAAACUACUGAAGUAUUAUGCUUUCAAUUUCAGCAGCAUAACAUCAUCAUUAAAUGUCAUGUUGAAUAAAUUGGAUUGCUAUUGAGUUUGUCAAGCUAUAAACUCUCUAUACCACUAUGCUACACAUCUUACUUGCUGUUCUGGUGCAGCAGUGCCCUCUACUGGAAAGGAUUGCACACUAGGUUACCUUAUCCUCCAUUUAUCACCAAUGUGCUGUGCUUCUACAUACACUG